ACUUCUUCUCAGAUUUUGUAGCAACAGUCAUAUCACAUAAGCCCAUUUUACCCACCUUUAUUUUAAACACCUCUGUCUCUUCUGUUUAUUAGGUGUAUUAUUCUAGUAUGUCUGUGUCUAUAUAUGUAUGUAUGUGCUGCCACCCCAUACAGCUUUAAGACAGAACUGCAUUUUCUCUUCAUCUUGAUCAAGUUGGGUUUAAGUAAUUAUGCUGUCUCCUCCUAGUUUAAGAUUCUAAGCGUUUGAGAUCUUUUUUUUAUAGAAUCGAAUUGCAUCCAAGAGACCAAUGUCAAGAUUAAGGGCUUCAGAAGUUCCUCAAAAGAGCCCAAAGCUGGUGACUGAUCGCAAAGUUCUAUCUCAUCAAGUGAAGGCAUCAUCUUUAUCCUCUGAUGGGAGUCCUAAGUUCAGGGAUCGUCGGUCCCCAAGAGGUUCUCAGUCUGAUCCUUUAAAUCAAAAGAAAUUGGGUACUCGUAUUGCAGGCUUGCAAUCUCAACUGGAGCAAGCACAAGAGGAGCUGAAGUUGCUUAAAGAUCAAUUAGCCUCAGCCGAGGCUGCAAAGAAAGAAGCUCAGCAACAACUUGAGAAUAAAACUACAAAACCGAAAAUAGAAGUACGAAAUGAACAGGAGAAGAAGACAGCAAAGGUGAGGAAAGAAGCUCAACCAAAACUGCAGAAGAAGUCUGGAAAAGUAAUCAGUCCGGAGUCUGAAAAAGUGCUGAAAGAGUAUUCUCAUCCUCGCGAAAUCCAGGUAUCCAAAAAAGUUGACCAUCCUGUACAUGAAGAUGUUGGCGAUGAUCAACUGGAAACUGAUGUAUUUGAAGUCCAAGUUGAAAAAGCAACUGUUGAAGCUAAACCUGAAUUUAAUCACACAACUGAAGAAAAUGAGCUAAAUUCUAAGUCUGUUUGUUUGACAACCGAAUCACCUGUUCUUGAACCAGAGAACUCACAGAUUGACGAAGUGGCUCUCAGGAAUGGUGAGAUAGUUUCACUGAAAGCCAGUUUGGAGCUGAAGGAGAAAGAACUGGAAGUUUUCUGCCAAAACAACGAAAACCUGAAAGUAAAGCUCGAUCUUGCUUCCACGGAGGUAUUGUCAGUUCAAGCAAAGGAAGAGGAAAUGACAUUGAGAUUGAAGCAACUUACUGAAGAACUAGAAACAAGUAAGGGCACUGUAGCAAAAUUAACUGAGAAGCUUGGAGCUGCAGAAGGAGCAAAAGAAACACUUGAAACAGAAAUGAAGAAGCUCAGGGUGCAAACCGAGCAAUGGAGGAAGGCAGCUGAUGCUGCUGCAGCUGUCUUAGCAGGAGACGCUGAAAUGAAUGGCAGAAGAAUAUCACAGAGGUGUGGAUCGAUGGAUACACACUACUACGAGCCUGCAGUUGGUGGAUAUGCUGGUUUUGUAGGUUCGCCUGGCUUAGGCGGUAAUGAUUCAGACGAUGGUUUUGGAAAUGGAAAGAGGAAAGGCUCGAGUAUUAGAAUGUUCGGAGACCUGUGGAAAAAGAAGGGUCAGAAAUGAUACCGGGACUGAAAAUCGACUUUGAAAAGCUCAUUCAUGGUUAUGCUGAUAGCUAUCUGUCUAGUCCAUUGUCCAGGAUUUAGAUUCUGGACCAUUUUGAAUGUCUUUGAAUUUAAUGAAAGCAUUAUGUACUUAAGCUGAAUGAGUGUUAUUAGUUUGCACUAGAACUUUAGCCUCAUGCUAGAGGCUUUGUUGAACUUAUCUUCUCAUGUGUUAAUAUUGCAAAUGAUGGUUUCCUUUACUGCA